AUGGCUAACUUUGGUCUCUCUGAACAUCAACAAAUAUUGGAAAAAAUUUGCCGAAUUUGUGGAGAGCGAUUGAAGAAGGCAAAAGAUAAGUAUGAGAACAGUUUUCUUUGCGCUGAUAAGACGGAGAUUAUUUUCACAGCCUUUGGUGUCAAAGUUCGUAAAGAUGACCUUGACAUGUGCCCUCCUAAGUUCUGCCACAAGUGUUACAAGCUUGCUUUAAGAGGAGGCACACGCCUUGCAAUCAAUGUGUGGCCUCCACACAAACGCACUGGAAACUGUAAGAUCUGCAGUUUCUUUAAGGAUCAACAGAAACCUGGUAGGAAGAAGAAGACUAAACCUGGAAUAAAACCCAGAGAGGACUCAGCUGAACCCAAGGAACAAGUGGAAAUGGUGGAAGGAAUGUCUGGCACUUUAAGCUUCCAACCUGACCCAGCCUCACUCUCAUUCUCUGAGGAGGUAAAGAAUCUACAAAGCUUUAGAGGAUCAGAACCUCUUUACCCAGAACAGUUUGUUGAAAACAUCAAGCAUGAGUAUAUGUGCCCAAUUUGCAAAGAGGUACUUGAUCAACCAGUUCAGACAAAAUGUCGAACUCCACACAUAUUUUGUGCUAGUUGCUUAUCAUUUUCUUUCGAAAUGUGUGGAUCCCUUUGCCCAGUGUGCCGAACUGUCAUUGUAAAUCCUAAUGAGUUCAUUGAGCCAGCCCCUUUUGUUCUUCGCACAAUACUUUCAGAGUUAGAUUUUCGAUGUCCUACCUGUAAACACACAGUAAAACUUCACCAACUACCUCAGCAUCAAGAAUGUUGCAUUCAAAGCCCUACAACAGCACCCACACACAUCUUAACCCCUUCACAAAGAUCAGUUCCAGUGACACCAUCCCUCCUUGCGCCAGUGAAACCCAUACCUGCAGCAGAGGAAAAGGGACCAGCACCAGUAAAUGUACCAUCACUACAAGCAGAACCUACAACCACCACUGAUACAAAUACAACCUGCAGACAACAACUGACAGUUGAUCAACUACUAACCAGCCCAAAGGAAGCUUACACAUCCCUAAAGGAGGAAGUUGGAUUGUUCAUCAUUAGACAGUUCCUUUCACAGUCUCAGGAUGGGGCAACCAUUCUCCUCAAAACAGGUGGCCAGGUAAUAAAAUAUUUUUUUAAGUUAAAAAUUAAGACAUUCAUUUUCAAAACAAAAGAUAACAAUUCAUUUUCAGCCCUUAGAAUUAGUGAAAAGGACCAGGGCAAGGAAAACAACUGAUGAGGUAACAAGGAAAACUGCUAGAAAUAGAUCAAAGGUAGUAGCAGAGACCAGGACAGCUGUCAGUGGUGGUGCAGCUGGUACCCAAUUGAAAGAUGAACUGCGUGCAAUGGGCAGACUGGAGAGGGAGGCACUGCUGAAGGAGGCCUUGGGAAAGGAAUUUAAAAUCACCAUUCCAAGAGGUGACAUCCUGGCAAUGAAAGCAGACCUUGGUGAGACAUGGUACAAAGUUAGAAAGCUUAGGAGGUAAGAGAAACAUGAACAAAAAAAAUCAUCAAAAACCCCAAAGAUUUUCCAAAGACAUUAGAUGUCAGUAACAGUAACUGUUUUGAGUUUGUAUUCAAAUUUGCCAACUGCCUAAAUACCCUCAAUCUGCUUACAAAAUUAUGAUAACUAUUAUUUCUCUACAGAUGGUUUGAUCAAUGGGGACUAUCCUCAGAAAGUGAAAUAAGUCAACGAAAGCAAGUUCAGUCCAUCACUGACCCUGCCAACUUGGUUUGUGAAAUGGUCCCAUUUGAAUUCAAAAAACCAGGUUGCCAUCCAGAGGUCAGGGAAGCAGAGUUUGGUUAUGUUACAGACCUGAACCAAUUCAUACAUCUUCAUCUGAGUGAAAAUGAAAAGUAUGAUAUAAAGAAAUAGUUAAAAAAAGUAAAUGCAAUCACUAGAUUAAUGAUUGAAAUUAAACAAAGUUAGCUGUUGCCCAUUGCAGUGAAUUAUAGUCUUAUUAUAGUUGGUUAUCAUUUUAGGAAUGGAAGGCUGACAUGGAACAAUGCAAUCCCAGAAAAUGCAGUGCACAUAAAACUUGGAGGAGAUGCUGGUGGUGGGUCAUUUAAAAUGGCCUUCCAGAUUGCUAACUUGAGGCAUCCAAAUUCUAAAACCAACACAGUGGUCUUUGCCAUGUUCCAUGCAAAAGAUAGUUGGGCUAAUUUAAAGACAGCCUUAAUGAAAUAUAAAGAACAAGUAAACACCUUGAAAGAAGCAACCUGGGCGUAAGUGAAAAAAAAAUUUACCACACUUUUAGUUAGUCAGGAGAAUAGAGACUUGAAAUAGCAUAAUAUUAAUUAAAUUCUUUUCAUUUUGCCCAUUUCUAGAGGUAAAAAGAAAGUGGUUUUCCUGUUUGGUGACUAUGAAUUCCUAUGCAAGUUAUUUGGAGUAGCUGGUGCCUCAGUAUGAUCCAGACAAUAAUUCACAUAUACAAAUAAUUAUGAUUUAGCAAUUCAGUAAAAGAAUGUAAAUGUAGCCUCUACUCUACAUAACUAUUUCUGUGAAACAGGUUUCCACCAUAAGAAUUGUAUUUGCAGGCAAAUAUCCAUGUCUUUGGUGCAAGAUAAAUCAUGAAGUAAUGCAAGUCUCUUGCCAUAAACGUGGGCAUGCUGAAAAACGAAGUCUUGAAAACAUUCAAGAAGAUUAUGAUAAGUUUGUAGUAGAUGGCUCUGUUACAAGUCGACAGAAGUUUUAUCACAAUGUGAUUCACGAGAAACUGCUGGACAUUGAAUUGGACAAAGUAAGAUACAUGAGUUUAUUUUAUUGCUUUGAAGAGGGACUUACAGGUCGCCUAACUAAAUGGUUGUCUAUUUCAGGUUUGUGUUCCUGGACUUCACACUAGCUUGGGUGUGUUUAAGAAACUGUUUGACGAACUAGAGAACCAGUGCUUUGAGCUGGGCAAAAAAAUUCAAAUGGUGCUAGCAGGAGACAGUGAAGAGAAUGAUGAGAAAAUCCAGGCAUUCAGAGCUGCCCAACUACAUACCAGACAAGCACAACAAUUUAAUGAAAAAGCCAAUUAUUUACAGGAGUUGCUGAAUUUACAAAGUCUGCAUGCUAAUGUUGAUAUCAUGCCUGCCUACUUUACACUACUACAGGAGGAGAUAGACAAACUCCUUGGAAAUGCAAAGGAGGAGGUAAAAAUAAUAUAUUGGUGCUUUCCAGUAUCAUAGCUGUACAAUCCUCCAAAUCCAUUAUACAUGUUUCAAACCCGUCUUAAUUUUUUAGUUAAAGAAGUUAUGAUUUUAUUUUAUAGAUCAUUUAUUUGAAAUAUUACAAUGGCUCAAAUUAUCAAAUUAUAGCAACUAAGCAGUAAGUCAAAUAACCCAGAUUUAAAUAGUAUUAUCUCAACAUUAUAGGAAAAGCUUGCAGAUGAACAAAUGGAAUUGGCUGCCUUUGAGAAAGCCAAUGGACCACUAUCGGUUCAUUUGGAUGAGGUUCUCAAGAAAAUGAAUGUUGAGAGACAAGCUUAUCAUGGAAAAUCAUUCAUUGGUAACCAUGUACACACUUGCUGCAAGGUAACACAAAUUCUACCCUUAGAGUAGGAAUUUGUUGAGUCACAAAAUUUCAUUGAAUUGUUGCAUUUGUUUUUUGGUAGGAAGACAACAUCAUUAAACUAUGCAGUGCUGUGCUGACAAAAACAGAGGAGCUGUGUCCUUCCCUCCUUUCUCAAGCAAGAGAAAUUAGCGUGAAAUUUGAACAAGUUUUUAAGUUGUUUGCUGCUUGCCACUUUGUCUAUGACAGUGCAGACUAUCUCAAUGAUGGCAAGAUUGAUAAGCUAGGUAACUGAAAGAAAAAACCUGACUUUCAUGGAAAAACAUGAAUACAGUAAUAAGAUCAUGUCUUAAGUCCACCUUUUCUUGUUUUCUUGUUGCAGAGGAAGACAUCACAAAUUUUCUUCAGUUCCUUAGGGAAAAAUUUCCAGACAUGACAAUCACACCAAAGCUGCAUAUGCUAGAAGAACAUGUUUGCCCUUUUCUUCGACAAUGGCACAUGGGCCUUGGAUUCUACGGUGAACAAGGGAUUGAAGGAAUACACUCUGAAUUCAAUACCCAGUCCCAGCAUUUUGACCAUGUGAAGAAAAAGGACACGAGAUUGCGUCAAAUCCUUGUCAACCAUCACAUUGCCACGAGUCCGGAACUAGCAGGGAAAGCUCCCAAACCUAAAGAAAGAAAUUUAAAACUAAAAGCGAACGAGUAA